CGCGGGGCGGGCCGGACAAUGAGAGUGUCCGCCGCCUGAGCCAAUAAAGCUGUACUGGUUUUGAAUCGCGGCGCGUUUCCCGCCGCUGGGGUCAGGGGUCGAGGUUCGGGUCGCGGGGCGGAGGGAAGAGCGGGCGGGCGGGAGGCGCCGGCGCCAGACGCGGAGGGAAGGAGCUACGAGUAGCCGCCCAGAGGCCGCGGAGCCAGCGACGACCGACCCAGCCGAGCCGCCGCCGCCGCCGCGCCCCCAUGGCGGCCGCCAAGGACACUCAUGAGGACCAUGAUACUUCCACUGAGAAUACAGACGAAUCCAACCAUGACCCUCAGUUUGAGCCAAUAGUUUCUCUUCCUGAGCAAGAAAUUAAAACGCUGGAAGAAGAUGAAGAGGAACUUUUUAAAAUGCGGGCAAAACUGUUCCGAUUUGCCUCAGAGAACGAUCUCCCAGAAUGGAAGGAGCGAGGCACUGGUGAUGUCAAGCUUCUGAAGCACAAGGAGAAAGGGGCCAUCCGCCUUCUCAUGCGGAGGGACAAGACCCUGAAGAUCUGUGCCAACCACUACAUCACGCCGAUGAUGGAGCUGAAGCCCAACGCAGGUAGUGACCGUGCCUGGGUCUGGAACACCCACGCUGACUUCGCCGACGAGUGCCCCAAGCCAGAGCUGCUGGCCAUCCGCUUCCUGAAUGCUGAGAAUGCACAGAAAUUCAAAACAAAGUUUGAAGAAUGCAGGAAAGAGAUCGAAGAGAGAGAAAAGAAAGCAGGAUCAGGCAAAAAUGAUCAUGCUGAAAAAGUGGCGGAAAAGCUAGAAGCUCUCUCGGUGAAGGAGGAGACCAAGGAGGAUGCUGAGGAGAAGCAAUAAAUCGUCUUAUUUUAUUUCCUUUUCCUCUCUUUCCUUUCCUUUUUUUAAAAAAAUUUUACCCUGCCCCUCUUUUUUGGUUUGUUUUUAUUCUUUCUUUUUUACAAGGGACGUUAUAUAAAGAACUGAAUUCAACUUUCAGGUUUUUUUUUUGUUUUGUUUCUAAGUUUUUGCCCUAUUGAAGAUGACUUCAGAAAAUCCAUUCCCCAGUCAUGAAAAUGUACUGUGCUAACUUUCUUUUCCAUAGUGGAAACACUUAUUUAUAGUCAUCAAAAAUAGUGAAUAAAAAACACAUUUGGAACCUGGA